CCGUGACACACGGUCCGCGGUGCGCACGCACGCCCCACUGAGACGGACUCGCAAAAAAUAUAUAUUUACAUCGAAAAUACUACCUCAUACACAAACAACACGAAAACAGUGCAGUGCAACCCAAUUUGGAUUAAAGUGAAACCAUAAAUAAGUGUUUAGUUCUAAACAUCAAAUUGUUUUGAUAACACCAUCCGCAGAAUCGAUUUUACAACACAUUGUUUGAGAAAAACCGAGUGUUCCGACGAACUCGAUGCUAUAAAAUUUGCAAAGAAAAAAAUUAAAGUACGCAAAUCAAAAAUCUGCAAUUAUGUUUAUGCAGAUUGCGACGAAAAGAUGCGGUGAAUCAGUGCGACGAAAUUUGACCCACGUACAAAUUCUCAGAUGCCUUGGAACUUACGUUUGUUAAAAUUAGCUUUUAAGAUGUUUGUUAUUAAGAGAGAAAUCUAUGGUGUGUUACUUAUUAAUAGCCGGUUCCUGAAGUUUCGUUAGCGCUCCGAAAACUGUUACGAUUUCCGAGCAUAUUUUUUCUCGUAUUUGUGAAGCCUUAGUUUUAUUUAUGUGCAGCACGUGUAGACAUCAUUGGAUUAUAGAUUACGGUAAUUUACCCUUGACUCAUACAAGAUGAUGUGGCCCGCAUCACAAGCCAGCAAAGUUCUUACCCUUCUGCUUCUAUGUAUUCUAGUUUACUGCAUUUACAUGGACACAUUUUUGUUUUUAAGGAUAAGAAACUACAAAAUUGAUGUAUUCGAGUACAAUAAUAGAAAUACCUCACAAGACACCUCGACUCAUCUGGCUGUUUUACCAAGUUACGAAGAUGUUACCUGGGUACCUUGUAGCAUCAAUCCCUUAUGUCAUCCAACAGUCAAAGGUCUCAUGGUAGACCCAGUUAAUCAUUACAUAUACGGUCCAUUAUGUGCCAUUGUAGAUAUAGGCCUAGGGAUAUCGGAAAAUAUGCUCUUCCUCACGCCAAAUAUGAUUUCAUUUUUCCACGUAUUUAUUGCUUUUAUCGGCGCUAAGCUUUUGACAUGCCAAGCUUUGGCUUUAAGAAGAGUUGGUAUAGUGUUGUUCCAACUCAGAAUGUUCCUAGACGAUUUAGAUGGGCAUGUAGCUAGGGAAAGAAAACAUAUCAAAGGAGAGAGAUCUGAAGUCGGGACGCUUGGUUACUGGGUUGAUGGUAUAUCUGACUUAGUUGGAGUCGUGGCUAUGAUGUUGGGAAUACUUUGGUACUUGAAAUGCAAUCCCCCACGAAGGGGUUACAAAGGUACCCCCGUAAGCACGUUGCCGUACCAUCAGCUCAAGGAAAUCAACUCGACAGAAGACAUAGAAAAGGACCACACAGCAGAAGUGGGGAUCUCUUACAAAACAAAAGUGUCUUUUCAGAGAAUGGUCCAAGUAAUAGGACUGUUCUCUGGACAAAUGGUGCUGUCUUCGUUAGCGUGGAAUAGAUACAUAGAUGUAUACCAGGAACUGCUAGAAAAUUGUACUGAUUACGAUGUUUUUAGAAGAGAAACUAUGUUUAAGUCAGGUGUGUUUUUCUUUGCAACUGGAUUGUGGAGGAUUGUAAAUCCACAUUCGUAUUUGCACCUAUUGUCUUUAGCGGUGUUUUGUGAUAAAACGUGGGGAUUUUUGAAAGCUGUACAUUAUACUGGAUAUGUACUGUUGGUGAUAGCUGUUGGAACUUCAGAGUAUUUAGUCGGAAAUAUAAGAAGCUUUGUGAUAAGUGACAGUCGAUGAUAUUAGGCUUCUUCCAUCAGCAUUUAAGUUGAUCAAAUCGAAGUCAUUUUGAUCAGUUUCUAGCAUUUUAAAGUCAAACGAAAAGCCAAAUCAUUUUUUAUUACAUAAUUAACAAUUAUUGCUGGUAAUGUUAAGUGUAUAGUGUUGUUGGUCUUUGUGAGUCAAUAUAUUCUGCAUUUACCUGUAAAUUAUAAAUUAUAUUUUCCUUUAGACAUGUUAUGGAGUUAAAUAUUUGCCUGAUCAAAGUGACCUUGGAUUCAGAAGCAGAAAACUUAAUUUACCAAAAGAUGCCAUAGUAAUAAGGAAGCAAUAGUGUUAAUUUAAAAAAAUAUUUUAAUAGUUCUAUGUUGUUAUUGUUACCGUAUCGAUAAAACGUACGGCGCAAGAGUAUAUUGAAAAAAUAUAAGUACCUAUGUUCGAUUGGUUGAUUCUGAUGACUCAACAUGAUUGCAAUGUUAUUAUAUAUAAUGUACCUAGGUUUGAGAUAAGUAUAGGAUCCACCCACGAAUGACGAGUGGUAUUGUUACGGUUGCAAUCACACAAAAAAAAAAAUGCCGAGACUUUAGAAUUUUGCUCUGUAUUUCACUUUCACAGUCCAAAAGAGAGUCUAUACAAUCGUUUUGUACUCUCACUACAUUAGAAUAGGAAUCAGAAAGUUCGGAAACAGAUGUUGUUUUUGUUGUAACACGGUCAAUUUUAUACAAUUCAAAAGUAACUCCACUUGAUAUCAACUCAGAAUAAUGGUCUGAAUCCUCCCCCUCAGUAUUCGUUACGGUGACACUAACACCCAUACCUACUUGUAUGACUACUAGUAUGUACUUGCACGGGGUGUAAGUGACAUCGUAACGAAUACUGAGAGGGAUGAUCCAGCUCAUUAUUCUGAGCUAAUAUCAAGUAACAUUUUCCAUCGCAAAAGUAUACAAUUGAAAAUAAUUUUAAAAAACUAAUAAAAAUCAUGAAUUUUGCGACGGAAAAUUCCACUUGAUAUUAACUCAGAAUCGUGGACUGAAUCAUCCCUUUUAGUAUUCGUUACGAUGUCACUAACAUCCUAUAUAUUCUGCAAAGAUUUUUACAUUCUCGUAAUGUAAUCCCGCAUAAUUAUGUGGUUUAAAGAAAGCAAAAUAGUAAUUUACUCUUGCACGUCUAAAAAUAUUAAAAUACAAAUAUCUAACUGCGACAAAUUAAUGCGUUAUUUGAUUCAAUCUCUAACUACAACGCUGCGAUUGCAUUUAUUCCCUGUUAUUUUUACCUCGCGUUAUCUUUGUGAAAUUCUAUACCAAGUUUAUCGUUGAUUAUAUUGCUUUGAUUGGCUAUAGCACUUGUGCUACCACUUGAAACUGUAAGUUCUUAGAAAGUAGCUGUAGUUUUAAAAUGAUGACGCAUAUAAACUCGCCUUUGUGCUUCGUUGGCGACUUGAAGUGCAUGAUUGACCUCUAUCACGAUCAAUCGAAGGUUUUCUUCCUCUUUUCCACUACUUCGAGGCGGUUCGUCAUCUGAAAUGUGUUAAACUGUUAUGUUAGACUUAUUUUUUAUUUCAUCAGCUUCUUUUAAGAUCUCCUACAGGUUCUCUAGUGACCUUUGCUUUACUAUCUCGUUUAAUUUCAAGACCAGUUUUGACUUCAAAGCUUUCUUAAUUUACACUAUAUUAUUUGCAAUUUCGAAUAACUUGAUCAUUUUCAAAAUCUCGCUAUAGGAAAAUGUAUUGUCAUUUUAGUGGUACUUUUUUUCAAUAAACAUUUGAUAAAUGCGCAUUCUAUUUAGGGUCUGUUUCCAAACUUGAUGAUGACUGUUUGGUAGCCUAUUCAGAUUUUGUUUGUGUUUUAGAUUGCGAAACGGAACCUUUUUGUAUCGUCUCGGUAAUAGGCUUUCUUGUCAAAUCGAAUUAUAGUAACGAUGAACUCUGAUUCAGUCAUAGACGUAUAACCAAGUUUUAUUUUUCAUGCUAAUAAUGAUAAUACGAGUUUAAACAAUUGAAGUAAACAUUGCUAUUGUUUCAAUGGUUGAUAUUAAAGAAUAUUCUAGUAAAGUAAGCUCUGUGAUAUUGAUGGUUUUAACUGUGUUUUGGUUUUAUAAAACUUGCAAAUGAAAAUGUGGAAACUCAGUAGAAACAGGCAAAAUAGUUUUUUUAUGGAAAGUAAAUAUUUUUUCUCUGGACUAAAUCCAGAAAUGCAGGCGGAUGUUAUGAUACCGUCAGCCAGAAAAAAGCAGAUAAAUAAUACUUGUAUUUCACUAAAACUUAACCAAAAUCAGUAGCCAAAGAAUACGAAACGUAUCGCGGCGGUCUUUAAGGGUAGAUAUAAUAUAAAAUAGUGGCAAUGGCAACACAUAGUACGAUAGUUAUACAAAAACUGAAUACGAUAUUUAAAAAAAAAAAUAGGUAAACCGAUGACUUGUGAAGUUGUGAUAAUAACACGAACGUCCUUGAUUUUUUUUAUGCAGAAGUAAAAAGCGCAUUUGACGUAGACGGAUCGAUUUAUAAGAAAUUAGAUCAUUUAAUAUGCGACACGAUUCAAGGUCGGAAACCGGAGGUGAUGUCCAAGAUCGUAAAUAUUAUAUUGUUGAGCACCAUGUGCGUUUAACUACUGAAGCGAAAAUAGGUUAUGGUUCGACAGCUGCCAGGAAAUGAGAAUAAAAACUAGCAGCUCUUAUAGGUGGCAGCACUGUUGAGUGUUUCGAAAUUUUGACAGUUCUCCAUACUGGCCCCGAUUCCUGCAGACACCUCCUAAUUUUACUUUAAGUUAUACCUGUCAUUUUCUUAUCCGCCGAAAAGGAAAGGGACGGAUGAUUGACAGCUCUUAAUUUUAGGAAGAAUGAGUAAUUGAAUGAAUAACCCAGGCGAAUAAAAAAGAUCUCGCUGGUAUGCAAACCGUUUGACGUGUGCUGUCAACAUAUUUAUGUCGGGUUAUUGGCCAAUGUAAAAUUUUUAGACGGUUGUUUUAGAUAUGUGCUUAAAAUUGACGUGUGUUCCAUAAAUUUUAUGCUUGUCGAUUACCCGUCCCUUUUUUUCGGCGGAUAAGAAAAUGACAGAUAUAACAUAAAAUAAAAUUAGAUGGUGUUUACAGGAAUUAGCACCAUUGUCCAACUAAAAUUCGUGAUAAGAAUAAAACUUUAUUGCCAGUUACAGUUUACAUUUUGCUAUAAGAACUAGGUAAUUAUGAAUAUUGCGAAUACGGGAAAAAAGAAAUGGCUCAGCUUGCUCAUUUUCUCUUCCUGGGAUAUUUGAUAAAUUGUUAUUACAUGUGGAGCAACGUGGAGUGUAUCCGUUUUGCAAAAAAGGAAAGCAGCCAGUUGGAAAAAGGCAGUUUCGUUUGAAAAUAAGGUUUUCUUCCGAUCUUUAGGGAAUAAAUAUAACAAUUAUUACAAAGGGUUAUAGUGUAAAAAUGUAACAAAACACUGUCUUGUUUGUUUACUCAAAUAGUAUGGGGAACGGUCAAAAUUUUUAAUUUUAGAACAUCCGACAGUAGCGACACCUGAUAGGAGAAAUAGGCAGUAUUUUUAUCCUCAUUCUGAAAUCAUCAAGGAGACGUUCAAAAAGAAACGUUCUAAAACUUCUAGACCAGGUAAUCCCGUAAUCCCUAAUGGGAUGGUCAGACACAAUUUGAGUCCACUUUUGAUACAGAGCCCGACACAGAAGUUUGAGACCUCUGCUUUAGAUGUCUUUUUAAAAUCCAAGACCUAUUGUUUAAUAUUGUGUCUUGAAAUCUCGGCCUUAUGAGGUUAAUAAAAAUAAUUCUGUUUGAUUUUGAACUGGGUCGUGUACUAGGUUCAAGAUCAAUUAUUAUGAUUACUAAAUAGAGACAGGUCUAGAACUAACGAAAAACAUUUUCUUUUUUCUAUUUAACUUAUUUAUGAAUUUUAAUCAAGAAAACGUAAUAAUAAGUCCGACAUUUUAUCAAGUUUUUCCAUGACGUCAUAGAGUGCUUUUUCAUACAAAUUCCAUAGUGAUUUCGUGUUUUGACGUUUAGUAAAAAGUAACUGACUGGUUGGAAACCAGCCUAAUAUAAUAAUAUGUAUAGUUGAUGAACUAUUUUCAGAUAUCGGGUACCUAGAUGAAUUAAAAGAUUGAUAGAUAUAUUUCGGGUUAAAAUGCUAGUUUUUCGACUGAUUUUUACGUGGUAUUGAUAUGGAUAUUGAUGUGAAAGGAAAAAAGGGAAGUAGACAGGUAGAUACUUUAGUUUAAAGUUAAUUUUUUUCAAUUUCAAUAAUUUGUUUUACCGACGACAUAGAGCAACAGGGGCCUCUGAGGUCCGACAAUAAUUAUAAAAUCGUCAAAAAUAGUUACUUAAGUCAGAAUUUGAAAUCGGCCAAUAAUAUUCUGAAUAAUUGAUUUUAUUUUUGUAGGUAAAUAUUUAGCAAUAAUUUAAAAUAAAAAUGUAUUGGUAUAAUAGUGCAAAUGUUUACGAUCAAUAAUAGAUAAUUGUACAAAAGAUAAUUGUUAAUGUUAAAAUGUGUGAAUAAUUCGCCUUUCCAGAAAAUACUUAAGUAGGUACUUAUGCGAAAUUAUUUUCUAAAAUCAAUUGUUUAUUUGAAAAAUAUUUAAAAAAAUAAUAAGUUUAAAGUUUUUAAUAAAACUUAUUGUACGUAGGAUAAAAUCUGUGAUUUAGAAAUAUUUUUUUUAAUAAGUGUUACUUGCAAUUUCAUUGUGUGUAAGUAAUUGAAAGAAAGCAAGUAGAUAUGUUUAUAUACAUAACAUGAACAGCCUAUAUACGUGUCACUGCUGGGCACAGGCCUCCUCUCAAUCAACCGGAGGAGGUAUAGAGCAUACUCGACCACGCUGCUCCAAUGCGGGUUGGUGGUUAUAUGUUAAAAUUUUAAUUUUACUUUAUGACAAAUAAUUUAUUUUUAUGUAGGUAAGCAAUAACGUUGCCAAUUAUAGUGAGGAUGUUAAAAAAAUCAAUAAUUGUGUUUUUUUUUAUAUAAAAUAUAAACUGUUUUGAUUGUGAAAUGUUAGAUAGAGUUCUGAAUAAAUUUUAUUGAAGAUUUUGA